AUGGUCCGAGGCGGCCGCGGGGAGGUCCGCGGCGUCAGCGCCCAGGCUGGAAAAUCCCCGGCCGACAGGAGGGGCGCGGGCCAGCCGGUUCCCGGCUCCUGCUCCGCCUCCUCCGCGCUCCGGGCUGCCGCCCCCGCCCGGUCCCGCCGCGCGGCACAGCGCCUGCCGCGGCCGAGCCGGGGAGCCGGGGAGCCGGGGAGCCCAGCAGCCGAGCGGGGAGGGCCCGCGGGGCCGGUGUGCGCGUGUGUGCUCGCCGCCCAGCCAGCCGCUGGGCAGGGCCCAGGCGCGUCAGGGCCCGGAGGUCACUGGCUGUUGGACGGAGAUGUUUUGGAGCAAGACAGGAGCAGAGGCGUGGCAUCCCAUUAUUGGAGCAGGUCAGAGAGAACUGCUGGUUGGAAUAAGGGUCAUCAUUAUAUGUUGGGAGCCGCCGGGUGUGCCCAAACCGUGACAAGGUCACGGGAUGAGAGAGGAACCUGCAAGGCAGCUCUUCCUCACACGGGGCUGCCCCGGGGGGCCCAAUAUGUCCCCUCGGGAGCCACCGGGACGAGAAAGGAAUCUGCAAGACAGCUCUUCCCCUCAAGGUUGUGCCGGGGGCCCGGAUGAAAAGUUCUACCUGUGUUAAAGUUCUGCAUAACUUGGAAUGGACAAAGGAAAGCUGCAUCCUUCAAACUCUUGUAGAGAGAAAGUGAGCACAAAAAAACGAAGAUCAGCACUCUAGCUGUAUAACUCAGCAGUGGAAUUGCUGGGGUUUGGGGGCCCACAACCAACAUUCCUCAGGAUACCAAACUUUCCAAGGCAGCUGUGCUAAUUUACAUUCCCCCCAUCAGCAGUGGAGACAAGUUCCACUACUCCCAAUUUCUCCCCAGCUCACUGGCUUCGUGGAGGCCUGCAACAUUAAUGAAGCAGACAUGGCCACUGUCUCUCUAGGGAAGGUCAAGGCUAAGUAGAGGUAACUUAAGAGCCUGGACCCCUUCUGGGGCUUCUGAGCCUGUGAAAUCAGAGUCUGGAGAACUAGAUCAAAGAGUUCUAAUGAUGUCUCUCUACAAAAGCCCAAAGCACUUGUCGCUGUAGAGAGGCCCCCAGCCCCCCAUUGUAUCCCAGUGAUGGCUUCAUGCCAGGCCUUGGCUCCUGCCCACUCCCUUUAUCUCUGAGCUAACCAGUCACCCGUUCACAUGGCCUGUCUCUGGGCAGGAAGCUAGGCAUUUGAUAGCACUGACUUGCUGCCAUCUUGCUCCGGUCCUCCAGUCACCCUAGUGGAGUCAUGGUAUAUUCAGACCUAAUGUACGGACUCCACUAGUCAGAUCCUGGGAAGCCAGCCUCUGGCCUCUUCUUGUGUGUGUGUGGAGAAUGCUCACCUCCCAGUUAUGUACUGUCCCAUAUUCUCAGCCCCUUGCACAAGGUUAACCAAAAAUGCCCAGCUGGCUAGUGACCAGACAACAGGGUGGAGAGUGUCUGCGGGGAGAGCACCAGCUCCAGCCCCACCCCCCCUCCACCCCUUUACUGGGAGUUGAUCAAGGCCCUGUAGUUGUCAGUUGUGGCCGCCAGAGGGCGAAGUACGCAGCACUUUGGGAGAGCCGGUUUAGGAAUGAUGGAAUUUCCACUUUCCAAAAUCAAACUAGACAAACUUACUGUCUCUGCGUACUCCAGCUGUGUUCGCCGUCCUUCAUCUGAGUUUGGUAGCAUCCCCUCAAGAAAGGUCUUUUUAAUCUGCCUGCCUACCCCCUCCCUCCCCCUCCUAGCCCUUACUGGCCAUGGGGCAGGUCGCCGUCCUCGGGCCCCACCUCCCCAGACCAGACGCUGAUCUCAUACGCCUGGAAGAAGCCUGAUGAGUUAGGAUCUCCUUGGCCUUUUUCUCUCCCUUGGCCAUGUCCUUCUGCUUCCGCAGCCUGAUCUCUGACACAGUUUUUCCCAUAUCUUUCUUUUAAGGAAGACUUCUCUGCCCCUUACAUUAUUAUAGUCUGGUCCUUCUACUCAUAGCAAAUAGUGCCUGGUGUGUGUGAAAGGAAUUGGUGUGUCCUGGCCUUCUGCAAAGAGCAGAGGUGUGAGCCUGCAUGUUAGUGUUAGCAAGUUGACUCACCCUAACCAAAAACAUUGAAGAUUAGCAUAAACCUAAGUGCCAAGUUGUUUAUUUGCACUAAAAGCAGUGAUAAUCUGUCCCACUUAACGAACACUUUCCACAUUCUAGGGCACUAUGCUGAGUGCUUUAAAGACACCAUUUAUUCAAUCAUAGAAAUCCAGGAGGUUAAUGAUCAUUUCUUCACUUUCCAAGCGAAGAGUCUGAGACUCAGAAAGGUUAAGUGACUUGCCUGAGAUCACAAAGCUUGCAAGUGGUAGCAGUGGGACAUGAAACAGAACGAGCUGGCUUCAUUAUUUCUGCACCCUCCUGCCCCCUGACCAAGCUGUCCACUCCCUGGGGAACCCCCUGGCAGGACACCCGUGUCCUUCAAUGGCGCCCAUGCAUUGCAGUGAUCCCAUCUGUGUGAUACUGCAGGUGCACACCAUUCAUCACAGAGCAUCUCACGGCCUGGAGAGAGAUCUGGAAACAUGUGUCCCGAAUGUUUACGCUGCUUAACCAGAAGGGUGGCUUCUUCUGGUUAGUUGCUUCUCUAUCUUUUCAAUUUUUUAUGAAUGUAUUUUAUUUUUUUAAUCAGAAGCUAUUUUCAUAAUGUUGGGGGGGAGUCCUUCGCAUUCAUUCUGACUUAUGUGUCUGCCUGUCUGGCAACACAUAAGUGUUGAGUGUCCUGUAAACCUCACUUCAAGGCUUGGAGCUCUGUGACAUCUUCUCCAACACUCUGCCCUCCUCAGUGCCCUAUUGUUCCUACCUUGAUACUUACGAUGCUUAUCACACUUAUUUACUUAUCUGUAUCCCCAGCACCCAGCCCCAACUCUGAGCUUCUGGAGAGCAGGAGCUCUGCCAGAUUCAAUGUCCCCACGACCUGAUAUGGGCGGUGGAUCCGAGUAGUAGCAACUAAUGCUAUUUCAGCACUUACUGAAAUGGAGCAGGACCCUAUGACCCUUGCCCCUCAUGUCCUCAGCCUGCCUUUUGUCUGUGGAAAAACUUUAGCCAAAAAAACAAAUUUAAUCAGGGAAGUGAGGAAAUGCUGAAACAAAGGAAAAUAGUCUAUCAAGACUAAAUAAUAAUAGUUUAGCCAUUAAGCAUAGUCAAGGACCUUUAGUUCCUCUUCAAGGGCUAUAGUUAAUAUUCUGAGGCUUUGAACUGUCUCACAGAGACUGAAACCCCCACCAGGUGGAAGAAGUUAGCUACAUGAUGACUGGACUGUAGCCCUGAUAUAAACUGCCACAACUGCAAGAAUUGGGCUCAAAGAGAUGGGAACAAGCAGAUCCUGGAACUAAAGACUCACUGUACUUAAAAAAAUGAAGAGGGCACCGAUCAGGGCACUGCAAGACUGAUUUCAAGAUGACUUUUAAAGCUGACUGUGCUGUUUCUGAAUGUAACUCCCUUGCUUCAUCUAUAAAAGUUCUUGCCCACUGAUUGUCAGUGGUGGGGAGUCGGUCUUUGGAUAGGAGUCUGCCCUCCCCAUUGGUUGCCUGCCUCCGAAGUAAACCAAACUUUCAUUUCCA